CUCUCUCUCCCACUCUCCCUACUUGUUAUAAAACUUGGUCCAGUUUAUUUGUUCUUAUGUGCAUGGAUUUAUUAUAGGAUUUUCUUGAUUUUAGCAAGAAUGGGUGUUGAUGAUUCUUGAAGGGGAGCACUGGGUUUUCCAGAUUUAAUUCAGUUUGAGGGUCAUCUCUCUCUCUCUCUCUCUCUCUCUCUUUCUGAAAAACACUUUCAAUUCUCCAUUUUUCUUUCUCUCCUUUUAGCUUUUGCAAAAAACAAGAAUUGUCUGUUGGGGUGCUGCCAAGGGAGAGAAGGAGCUAAGGCUGUAGAGGUGUUUUGGAGGUUCAAACAAGAAAUUUCUGCCAUUUAUUUUACUCUCUCUCUCUCUCUUUCACUUUGUCCAUUUUCUCAUCACCUACUUGACCUUUUUCUAGGUUUGGGUUUGUCUUCAGAUCUCAGCUUUAGCUUUGGAGGAAGAUGAUGAUGAAAGGUCUGGUAAUUCAGCAGCCACAUUCAGCUUUGGAUCAAGAAAACAUGUCUAAUCUCACUUCUACUGCCUCCGGUGAAGCUUCUGUUUCUGACACUAAUGGCGGCAUCUAUCCCCACCAACAACAGGUCUUUGCUAACCCAAAUCAGUCUCAACCAGUCAAGAAGAAGAGAAACCAACCAGGAAAUCCAGACCCUGAUGCAGAAGUGAUAGCUUUGUCACCCAAGACUCUGAUGGCAACCAACAGAUUUGUGUGUGAAAUUUGCAACAAAGGGUUUCAGAGGGACCAGAAUCUGCAGCUUCACAGAAGGGGUCACAAUCUGCCAUGGAAGCUGAAGCAGAGAAGCAACAAGGAAGUGAUAAGGAAGAAGGUGUAUGUGUGCCCAGAGGCGAGCUGUGUCCACCAUGAACCAGCCAGGGCCCUGGGUGACCUCACUGGGAUCAAGAAACACUUUUGCAGAAAGCAUGGGGAGAAGAAGUGGAAAUGUGACAAGUGCUCAAAGAGAUAUGCAGUUCAAUCUGACUGGAAAGCUCACUCCAAAACCUGUGGCACAAGAGAAUACAGAUGUGACUGUGGAACCCUUUUCUCCAGGAGAGAUAGUUUUAUAACGCACAGAGCUUUCUGUGAUGCAUUAGCGGAAGAGAGUGCAAGAAGAGUGAUGACUGGGAGUCAAAUUCAUCAUCCCUCUCAGCCCGGUUGUUCAUCGGCGUCCAAUAUAAAUUUCCAGUUUCCGGCCUUUCAGCCACCGCAGGUUGGCAGCCAUGGCGACCACUCUGCGUCGCCGGCGUUUCCUUCAGUGAAAAAGGAGCAGCAACAUUAUAACGGCAUGGGGAUUAGCGGCGGCGGCGGUUUCAAUCUGAGGCCGGAAAUCCCGCCGUGGUUAAUCACCUGUCAGCCGUUGGUCGGAGCCACCCACGGCCCUCCGCCGCCGCUGUUCCACCCCGGCGGGUUGGAUUUCCUCCACCACCAUCAUCAAGAAUUCACGCAGGUGCAGAACCCAAACCCUAAUAAUAAUCUUGGAGGUGGGCCCACGCUACCACCUUUCCACCCAACGGCGUCGUCUCCGCAAAUCUCUGCCACUGCAUUGCUGCAGAGAGCCGCUCAGAUGGGCGCCACCGGCAUUGGCAGCGGCACGGCCAGUUCAGCGGCCCCAGCCAUGCUGAUGAUCGGGCCCCACACCGAUCACGUGUCUGCCGAUCAAGCCAAGAAUUUGUCGUCACGUGAGGCUGUAGCUGGGGACGACGUUAUCAGUUCCUCCGCCGCUGCAGCUCCGCCUCACGGCGGCUCUCUUCUUCACGACAUCACCGCCGGCGCCACCUCGUUCUCAUCCUCCACCACCGACCCUCACGGCUUUGACGCCUCCAGCUUCGAAGACCCCUUCGGCGGCAUUAAUGGCGCAAACGACGAUAUGACGAAGGAUUUCCUGGGUCUAAGGCCUCUCUCUCAUUCCGACAUUUUUAACAUUACUUCACUCGUUGACAACCCUGCCAGUGAUCAUCACCAUCACCAUCAUCAUCAUCAACCUCAAGUUCAAAAGGCUUGGCCAAGCUAAACCCGAAACCCUAGCUAGUUUCAUUUCAGUUACUCGUAUGGUAGACGAUAGGGCAUUUCAAAGUUAAUGACCUAUCUAUUCUUAUAUGUCUAAUCUUUGCAUAAGAAAUAAUUCAAUU